AUGAAGUUUACAUGCAACCAAAUGCAGUUUCUGGCACCAGAGCACUUUAGAGUCCUUCUUGCCACAGAAAUGGGCAGCAAGAACCAUGAGUCAGUUCCUCUUGACUUAAUUUCCAAGAUAUCCAACAUAAGCUGUAAUAUUAAUGCAAUUGUCUCGGAUCUUGUAAGGCAGACAUUUCUUAAGAGCAUCCCAAGCAUAGAGACAGGCUAUGAAGGAUAUGCUCUAACAUACAAUGGAUACGACAACCUGGCUUUAUACGCUCUGCAGAAAGAGGGUGUCAUAGAAGGAGUUGCAAACAAAAUAGGCGUAGGAAAGGAGUCUGAUUUAUUUCUUGGGAUAUCCCCAGAGAAAAAGCUUCUUUGCAUAAAAAUACAUAGACUUGGGCGGGUAUGCUUCAAAGCCGUAAAAAACACCAGAGACUACCACGACAAAAGGAAACACACUUCCUGGAUGUAUCUUUCCAGACUUUCAGCCCAGAAGGAAUAUGCCUAUAUGACAGAGUUAUAUGCAAAGAGGCUUCCUAUGCCAAAGCCGUAUGCUCAGAACAGGCACAUUGUCGUAAUGGAGUACCUUGAGGGAUACACUGCGCUGUCUAAGAUACAAAGAUCCUCUAGCAUUGUUCCACAUGCCAUGAAAGAUGCUCUUUUUGCGAUAGUUGGCAGAAUGUACGAUCUAGGGUAUGUGCACGGAGAUUUUAACGAGUUUAAUAUCAUGGUGCGGGAUGACUUUAAAAGAGUAAAAGUAAUAGACUUUCCGCAAAUGGUGAAAAUCACUGACACAAAGGCCACCGAGUAUCUAGAGAGGGACAAGGCUGCAAUUGACACGUACUUCAAGCACUUCUGA